AUGGGCGAAGCAAGUAUUCAAAAUUUAAAAGCAAGAAAUAUGCACAGACAACAGUUAAUGAAAAUUGAGAAUAUAAAUGCAUCAUACAGAGAUAAUGUCAGCGAACGUUUAAGAUCAGAAGAAUUUGAUGUUGAGAUAUUUAAUUCGCUAACAUUUAGACAAGGGGAUGGUGUUGUAACAAUAAAAACGCCUUUUGAAGAAAAAUCCAAGGAGUAUUGGGUGUUAAGCCACUAUAAGGUUGCCAACAUUGAGAAUGUGCCAGUAAAGGACAGAUGGAAGUUCAGCGAAGCUACUGUUAGAUUGUACACAAGCGAUGAAUCAAAAGAUCAAACACUUCAUACUGGACUCAAUGAGACGAUGCAAACUAUAUUUGAUAAAUUACUAACUGAUCCGAAGCGUCAAACUAUUAAGAGCAAGACGAGUGUUUGAUUAUUAUAUGAAAAAAAUAAAUUUCAUUUAAUAAACAAA